AUGCUUGGGACACUGCGUGUCGCUGCUGCGCGGCAAGCGCUGCGGUUCGGUGCGCGUUUGAUGCACACGACUGCUGUGCCCCGCGCACAGUACCUUGCACCUCCCCCCCCCACGCCAGACCGUGUGAAGCCCGCGUCGCCGGCGUACUUUACCACGAAGCCGUCGUACAUCGACACGCUCCAGAUGCUUGACCAGCUUACGCGCGAAGUGAAGCGCGAGCUCGAGCAGGCGUACAUCCUCCCUCUGAACUCGAAGCCCCCGCCGAUCCCCCAAGGCCCCACGAAUAUCUGGGUAUCGCGCGAGGCGCUGCACAGCAAGCUCGGCAUUGCGCUGCGUGCGUCGCAGUACCGCAGCGUCAUCUCGCGGCUGACGCUCCUGCUGCGAUACCGCGCGCUGGUGCUCGAGCACUUUGCGAGCAGCGGCAGUGCAUCGUUUGCCGAGCGCAGCUCUGCGCAGCAGAAGCAGCUCGCUGCGCAGGUCGAAGAGGUAUUUGCCGCCUUUAUGAGCUCGCACGGCAAGGCGCAGGACAGCCACGAGAAGGGCGAGGCUGCGCCGCGCACCUCGACGCGUGGCUUUAUCGACAACGAGGGCCGCGCCUAUGCGCGCGGCCGCCGGAAGGAGAGCAGCGCGCGCGUGUGGCUCGUGCCGGCCAAGGACGCCGACGCGUCCCUCGGCUCGGUCCUGGUGAACAGCGUGCCGCUGAGCCAGUACUUUACGCGCACCGACCACCGCGAGCAGGUGGUGUGGCCGCUGAAGCUCGCGGGCGUUCUCGGCCAGUACAACAUCUUUGCGAUUGCGCGCGGCGGUGGCCACACCGGCCAGGCGGGCGCCGUGGCGCACGGCAUUGCGAAUGCGCUCCUCGCGCAGCUUGCGAGCGUGCCUGGCGAGGCGGCCGCGGCGACGCACGCCGAGGUCAAGCAGCUCCUCGCCAAGGACGGGAUCCUGCACCGCGACCCCCGCAUGGUCGAGCGCAAAAAGCCGGGCCUGGCCAAGGCACGCAAGGCCUUCACCUGGGUCAAGCGUUAA